AUGUUUCGGUUUGCCUCGAAAAGAAGCAUACACAGCGUUCCCAAGCUCAAGAAUAGUGGUCAUGUUUUGGAACAAGGCAUUCCCAAUGUUCUGAGUGCUUCCGGGUUCAACAUCGCGUGGACUCAGCAGCAGAAAUAUCUGUGUGACAAGCUAACUCUGGCAACCGCGGGCACGUCACAGGAAUCUUACCUUCCAUUUCAUUUGAUUUUGAAUACGGCCAAGAAGCCAUUCCAAACCAAUAUUUUCAACCUCGCGUCGGCAGCACAUAACAAUCACCUUUUUGUCGAGAACGUACUGCCUGGGCCGGCAAAUACCGCGCCUUCCAGACUGUUUCGUACUAGAAUCGAGGAGCAAUACAACUGCACAUGGGAGGAAUUUAAGACCGAAAUGGUUCGCCGCGCAGAAACUGAUGUGGUUGGCCAGGGCUGGUUGUUCUUAGUCGAAAACAGCGACAAAGAAUUGCACAUACUUACGGUACAGAAUAAUGGCACACCCUACUAUUUCCCACGCAACCAGUCCUUCGAUUUGAACUCUGCGCUAAAGCUUGAAGAGUACUCGCAGCUGGAUGCGGUGCGCACAAUUGUCAAAAAGGGCGGCAAGAUCCAGGACUGGACCAUGCCUCUCAUCGCAGUCAGCCUGUGGGACCACGCGUACUUGCACGACUACGGCGUCAAGGGCAGAUCGCAGUACGUAAAAAACGUCCUGGAUAACCUUAACUGGACCGUAGUGAACAAUAGGCUGUACACUGGCCCAGCAUAG